AUGUCGGCCCAAAUCCCUGCCAUUGUCUCGGAUCGCGUUAGCGACGCCGCGAAAAAGACAAUCGAUGUUGUCGCCAAGUUCGUCCAGGAGGAAUGCAUCCCAGCCGAUGCCGUUCUUGAAGCUCAGAUUGGCGUUGGCGACGCUCGCUGGGAGAGCCACCCCCCCAUCAUCGAGGACCUCAAGAUCAAGGCCCGCGAGCUCGGCCUCUGGAACAUGUUCCUCCCCAAGGGCCACUACACUGAGUCGCCCGGCUGGACCAACCUCGAGUAUGGCCUGAUGGCUGAGUGGCUCGGCCGCUCCCGAUCUGCCUCCGAGGCGUGCAACUGUGCCGCCCCGGACACCGGCAACAUGGAGGUCCUGGCCAAGUAUGGCAACGCUGCGCAGAAGGCGGAGUGGCUCAAGCCGCUCAUGGAGGGCAAGAUCCGCUCAGCUUUCUUGAUGACGGAGCCCGACGUUGCCAGCUCCGAUGCGACCAACAUCGAGCUCGACAUCAAGCGACAGGGCAACGAGUACGUCCUGAACGGAUCCAAGUGGUGGUCUAGCGGUGCCGGCGACCCAAGGUGCGAGAUCUACAUCGUCAUGGGCAAGACGGAUGCUGCCAACAAGGACGUCUACAGGCAGCAGUCUGUCGUCCUGGUACCGGCUACUACCCCCGGUAUCAAGAUCCAGAGGAUGCUCAAGGUCUACGGCUACGAUGAUGCUCCCCACGGCCACGGCCACAUCACAUUCACCAACGUCAGAGUUCCCGUUAGCAACAUGGUUCUGGGUGAGGGCCGUGGCUUCGAGAUUAUCCAGGGUCGUCUGGGACCUGGCCGCAUCCACCACGCUAUGCGCAGCAUUGGCGCUGCCGAGCGUGCUUUGGAUUGGAUGCUGAUGCGCAUCAAUGACGAGCGCAAGACCCCCUUCGGAAAGCAGCUGCGCGAGCACGGCGUGAUCCUCGAAUGGAUCGCCAAGUCCCGCAUCGAGAUCGACGCGGCCCGUCUGAUUGUCCUCAACGCCGCCAUCAAGAUGGACGAACUCGGCCCCAAGAAGGCGCUCAAGGAGAUUGCGGAGGCCAAGGUGCUGACGCCCCAGACCGCACUGAACGUCAUCGACCGCGCGGUGCAAGCAUUCGGCGGCGCCGGAGUGUCGCAGGACACCCCGCUGGCCAACAUGUGGGCUGGCAUCCGCACGCUGAGGCUCGCAGACGGCCCGGAUGAGGUGCAUCUGCAGCAGAUGGGCAAGAAUGAGAACAAGAGGGGCAAGGAGGCUACGGAGACGAUUCUGCGCCAGAAGGCCAAGUCGGAAGAGCUGUUCAAGAAGUACGGGGUGACUGCGGCGCAGCCCGGGAGCAACAUCAAGCACUCCAAGCUCUAA